UGGUUGUGGGAUUUUAUAUAAUUGGGUUAGCCAAUUGGCAGCCAUUUUUGUUGAACUUUAUGGCUUUGGCACUUACUCAUCUUUCAUGGUGGUUAUGGAGUGGAAAGCAUCAGGAGCCUAGAAUCUCAAACGGUUCUUCUUUAAAUUCUUCUCCCGAUUCAGGUUUGUGGGAGUCAGAUAAUCUGAAGUUUCCCUUAGUUGGGAGGGCUGACAUGGCCUCUUCAUCUAGGAGGGUCAAAAGAAAAUGGCAAAGCCGGGAACAAAGGAAAAUUGACCGGGAAUAUGAUGUUGUUCUUGUACCAUCUGAUGGUGGAUGUGUUUCGGGGUCAGAGUCUGAUGAUUCGGAUUACUCAAUUGGAUGGUUGGAGCCUCAUGGACCAGGAUUUCAGAGUGAUGAUGAUGCGGACAGUAGUUUUGCUGUGCUGGUUCCAUGCUAUGGGAAUGUUCAGGAUAAUGUGGUGGAGGAUACGGAUACAAACAAAAAUAUUUUGGGUGCAAUUGUCAACAUCCCUGAUAGCUACUCUGCUGAUAGCAAGAAGCAUAUGGAACAAUGGCUCUCUUCCCUCCAGAACAACUGACAUUGCAGAGUACUGAUGCUUACAUAUUAAGUCUAUAUUAUUCUGGUUCUGCGGCUGCUGCUUAAUCUCUGGAAGAACAUGUUCUAUUGUUUAAAAAAUUGAUAAAUAAUGUACAAAGGUAUAAUAGAAGCAUUCCCACCCCCCCAAAAAAAAAAAAAAAAAAUGGUAGCCGGCCUGGGUAUAUUGUAACUAGUAGAAGAGGAUUGCCGUCUCUUGGUUUGGAGCUAAUAAGUAUACGGUGAGUAGAAAUGGUGAUGACUGAAGGACUAAUGGCGGUAUCGGUAGCGGAAAUAACAUUCAGUUUUGCUUCUUCUGUCAAAUAUUUCAUGAGAAGUUUAUGAGUACCUGCUGUCUUCUUCUUUCUCCGUAGCACCCAGAAUCAAGGAGUUUACUGUGUAAUGUAUGUGUUCUUGGUAUUGGUAGAAAAAAAAACUAAGAAAGAGUAAAAAAGAGAGGAAGUAAAGGUCUGAAUGCGUUUGAUUUUAAUUCUUUGAUGUAAAUAUAGUUGUAAAUAUGGGAGCUGUUUAAUGCUCCAUCUAACUAUUGUAAAUAAUUGAUAGUAUUAUGUAAAUAUGUGAAAUUUAUAAAA